CUCUGGUGACAGACUUAUUCAUAACUCACAGAAACCACCCGUCCAUGUCCACAAUGCUCGUGCUAUCAGGAUUUGUCUUACGAACCACAUCUCACACUUCCCGAGCAGACCUCUCUUAGCUAAGGUCGAUGCAUCUUUGGCAACAAAUUGAGUGUCCCGACAAACGCCAUUAACAUGUAACCUGUUUGACAGCCCUCGUGUCCAUCACUGACGGCUGAACAAUGACUCAACACUGCAGUCCACCAUUGGACCUGGUUCAAACUCCUCCCAGGACCCGCAGGGUGAAGACAGGAUGUAGAACAUGCAAAAUUCGCAAAGUGAAAUGCGAUGAGGCAUGGCCAUCGUGCCGGAAAUGCUUGUCGACAGGCAGAGUGUGCGAAGGAUACAGCGUCUGGGGCGGUGGGAAUAAACCCGUCAUCCAAAGCCGCUCAAGGGGGCAGCACCAGGCUCCUACAUCUUCAUCUUCAUCUUCAUCUUCGAAUCCCAAGAUUGCAAUCCCGCCUGUCAAACCCCUCACACGGGGCACAUUGGCCUUCAUCGAAGAUGCAAACGCAGCAACAGCCUUGCGUCGCUUCCCCCUCCAUGUCCUGCCCGCCGAUCAGCAUGCCUACAUGGAGUGGUUCGUCCAAAGAACUGCGCAAAAGCUCCCUGGUGCUUUCGACCCACCUUUUUGGAGGACUCUCCUUCCACAGGCAAGCCGCUCCGAGCCAGCCGUGUUGCACGCCGUGCUCACACUGGGUUCAAUCCACAAGAGAGCAGUGCUUGGUGUCGGCCCCUGUAGCGAACUGAGCACGACCGACGCGGCCGGAUUGUUCACCUUACAGCAAUACACUCUUGCCACAGGUGACCUCCGCUGUCGCAUUGAGAAGAAGAGCAAGACUUCGGUCAGAGUAGCCCUGAUCACCUGCGCAGUCUUCGUCCAGCUCGAGUAUUUGCGGGGAUGCUACAAAAUUGCACUCACCCAUCUUCGACAUGGUCUCACCUUGCUUGAGGAGUGUCUCAGCGACAAUGAUGAUGAGCAGCAGCGUACCGGCGGUGGCUGGGGCUGCCGCGGGCGCGGGCGCCGCGAUAAUACCACCGAAACCGACGAGGCGAUCUUACACACCUUCAUGUCGCUGUUGAUCCAGGCAAGACUCCUCGGACAAGAAGACGUCUGCCACACUCGUCUCCUCCAUUUGAUAAUCAACAGCGUCUUCGAGCCCAUUGGUGCACAGUUCCAGUCCCUCAUGGAUGCCAGGAAAUCCCUAGAGCAUAUUCUCCUCGAGAUAUUCAGCUUCAUGGACGAAACGAGAUCUGCUACGAGUGGUCUUGCUGGACGAUCAAGAUCAGGCUCUGACGCAGACCCAGUCCCAGUCCACUGUGGCCACCCACCUCUUUCGGACCUCGAGCUCUACCGAAUCGCAUCCAUUCAAGAGAAUCUGGAUCUGUGGCUAAAAGCUCACGAAACAACCACGACGAGUCCUCGGCACAAGUUCUCCGCCCUGGACAGAUUUGCCUUGAAACUGCUGCAAGUCUAUCACACCAUGGCUUGCGCCAUGCUUGAAGACUGUCUUUGCUUUCCUUGUCCGCCUGUCAGCAGCAGUACCACCAUCAUCACCACCAUCUCACCUCCACUGCACUCUUCCUCUUCUACAAGCUCCCCCUCUCCUCCAUCAAGCGCCACCCUUUCCACAUUAUCAUCAUCGUCGUCGUCAUCGUCAUUUGCAUUCCACAACCGCUCCAGCCAAGGACAUACCCCUCCCCAAUCCGGCUCUUGCUCUUCAUGCACAGCGACCAGCACCAGCAAGACACGCACCACCAGCACUGAUACCGAACGACCCCCGGACCGACCGGACCUCUUCAAAUCCAUUCUCUCUCAAUCCACCUGGCUCUACAACGUCGUCUCGGACCCUUUGUCUCAUUUACCCGUGUUGCACCCGCUCUCCAUCAACGAAUCCGCCGCGUCCUCCAUCGCCGACAUCGGCUUGUUGCCGCCUCUUUUCUACACGGCAAUCCACGCUCGGGAAUUCAGCACCCGCGCCGAGGCCGUCAGGAUGCUGCCCCUCAGGCCGCACAGAGAGGGCAUCUGGGAAUCCCGUACGGCUGCUACCCUGGCCGGAAAGAUCCUCGAUCUCGAGCGAGAGCAGGCGGUGAGCCUGCGAGUGAGACGCCAAAACAACAAAAUCGGGCUCACCAGGCAAAACAACCAGCCCCUCGCCGCAAAUGUAGAUACAGGUACAGAUACAGAUAUAGUCCCCGCUCAAUGCAGACUGAGAGACCUGCAGAUUGAAUUACCUGCGGAAUCGGACGGUAAGUUGGUGGUAACCUACAGGAUGCGAGACGAGCACAUGGCACUGGGACGCUGGACCAAAGGCCGGAGCAUCCAUGAUUUGAAAACGGGCCUCUGGACCGAUGAAUGGCGCUGAUGCGGAAUGCAAAUGAAAAGGAGCUUGAGCGAAACCAAAUGAACGUGGAGCCGAACAAAAGCAGAGAGUUAUAGUGAUGUUCAUUCUAUUCUCCAUGGUCUUUGGACCGAACGCGCUGAUGCGAGGCACGAGGGUAUUAAAGAUAACACGACCUGCCACCCUUACCCUGCCUUGCCUACAAUAUAACCACAAACCAAAUGCAAGAAUGCAAUCACAAGUCCUUGACCUUCGCCUUACCCUUGACCACCUUAUCUGGCUUGGGCUCGGAAAAAUUAUGCAACCGCUCACCAAUUAGGUAGACUUCAUCCCGGAUCCUCGCCCUCCAGCUCGCAACCUGUUGUUUGACGCCCAGCAUGCCGAGCCAGGUGACCAACAAACCCAAGGCACUGGGGUAUGCGAAGCGAUAUAGACGUAUCUUCACCUCCUGGUCUUGGAUGCCGGCAAUCAUGAUGAUGGCCUUUGCGUAAAAGAGAGGGCCGCCGAGGAGAGCCAGACACACCACCGUCACAGGUAGAACGAACGCACGACUCGCGAGACGUACGUCCGGCUUGAGAACGCCGUUGCGGGUGAUGGCGUACAGGGUAGUACUGAUUCGAGAGCCAGGACCCAUGUGCAGCAGGAAUUGUCUGUACAGGAGUCGUGAGUAGAGCAGUCCUAUGACCCAGGAUUGGAGGAUGAAGAUGGUAGCGAUAUGGUGGUUGAUUGUGGCUGCAUCCCCCGGCGAGGAACCCUUUCGGUGCCAUGCCAUAUAUGUGACCAGUGGGAUGUGGAUGUACAAUUCCAGGAUGAGGGAAAGAACAAAGGGAAGGACUAAGGCCGUGAAUGAGAGAAGAUAGACCAAGCCGAGAACGUACUUGGCGGUCCCGAUGACCUGAGACCAAGACGAUUGAGGAAUCUUAGACUUGACAUAAUCUAAUGCCGGUCUAGCAUAAGCGAUAGCAUAACCCACAACUGCUAGAAUUUGAACGCCUGUCGUGAAGGCAUACAGAUCGUUCGGUGGAAGGGAAGAUUGGGUUACAAAAU